CUGGAUUCGAACUUUGUUCUACUGUUUCAGACCAACAUGGCUGCCCACCGGGCUCUGUCAAGGCCUGUGUCUGCCCAACCAAUGCCUCUAACAGAGAAGAGUCUGCGAUAACAGGAGAGGAUGAGUCCCGCUCGAAAUCCGGGCAGAUGAGAAUGGGCCCCGACGUGCCCCUGCUGGAUUACCACAAACGAGACUUCCUCUUGAGGCGGCUCACACAGACGGCUUUGGGCGGCCCUCGGUUGAAGUUGGGGCAGAGCGCACCGUCUUACGUCUUUGUCAAUCAGGUCGUUCUGUUCCUGCUGCCAUGGGUGCUGGGAGGGGUGGGGACGACCCUCUAUCAGUUAGGCGUCCUGCAAGACUAUGGCACAGCCGCGCUUUCCGGAGGACUCAUGCUCGCCGCCGCCACUAUUGUCCAGGGGGCGGCUUUGGAGGCGAGACGGAGGAGGCCGUCGGCGCAAAGAGUGCCGAUGCACAAUAACCUCACGGAUGAGGACGUGUGGGAGUUUGCGGGCUGCGCAGGUUCGGAAACGGUGAAGUUCCUCAUUCCAGGCAAGAAGUAUGUCGCCAACAUCAUCGGCCACUCAGUUCUUGCCGGGGUGCUGUGCGCCUUGGGAACGUGGUACUUGCUACCAAACAGGCUCACCUCGCUGUACGGCGGUAACGGCGGCGCUUCCGUAGCGCUCUUCGUGUUUGGGUGGCUGACGGUUUGCAUAGGGGAGUACUCCUUAAUUGUCAACACUCCCACGGAGACUGCCGCUUUCCAAGUGCUGGACACGUACGAAAUCACAGCCCUGAUGAGACCUUUCUACAUUUUGGCCUUUGUUGCGGUUGAUCUCGCCGACAGGUUCACUGUUGACGUACCUGGUUUAAAGCUGGUGAACCAGAUUUUGCAUGUGGUGUUUUUGGUUUUGCCUGUCUUCUGGAUGCUGGGGGUUCUGCCACCUCUGGACGCACUUUUCCUCUGGGGAAUGGAGCAGCUCUUGGAGUUUGGUCUUGGAGGUUCACCCAUGGCCAGUGACAUUAGGCUGCUAGGAAUGGUUCUCGUCUCUGCGGCAGCCGCCAUUGCAUCGUAUUUCAUCCCCAGCUCUGUCGGCGUAGUCGUCUUCAUGACUGGGUUUGGAUUUGCUCUGAGUCUGGACCUCAGUAAGAUUUGGUUUGCCCUCAAGCUUGUCCCGGUCAGCUGUUCAGCUGUUCAGAGAUUUCAGGACGUGACUGCCUGUCGGAUUCAGUGGAGGGCAACAGUUUUCUAUUUGACCGUCUUCGCUUUGGCUCUCGCGGAAGCCGGCCUUCUGCACUAUGAGCUGGGUUCUCGGGCGUUCUCUAGAACCAGCCUCCAAGCGGUUAUGGGCUACAUAUCGAUGGCGCUGCUCCUGGUUACGUGGAUCCUCGGAGAGGUUCAAACAGUGUACGUGUUCGGAAUCCUCCGGAACCCCUUUUACCCAAAGGAUGUCACAGUCGCGAAUGGUUUCGUGGGGAAGCGAAAAGGGCUUUCGAGAAUCGGCGCUUUCCGGAGGUUUUUAACUACUGUGGUGUCACCAUUUGCUAUGAUCGCAUUUCUUUCCCUGGACAAUUCUCUGCAUCGUCUGCCGUCCGUGUAUAUUUCCAUUGGAUUCACAAGAAGCUUUAGGAUGGUAUGGCAAAAUACGGAGAGUGCCCUCUUAGAUGUGGUGGUGGUGUUCGCGAUACAGCUGCUGUUGUUCAAUACCGACCUUUGGUGGAACAGAAGCCUCAAUACGGGAACCAGACUCUUACUGGUUGGCUUCAUCCGGAACCGACUGUUUCAGUUCAUCUCAAAGAUGCAGUUUGCAAUAACCGUUCUCUGGACGUCGUGGGCAGAGAAAAAGCAGCGCCGGACAUCCUCCGCACCCCUGAUUAUCCUCAACGUUGUCUUCUUCCCGGUCCUCCUGAGCCUCAUGCUGCUCUGUGCGCUGCUGUCUUCCCCCUUGCUGCCCCUUUUCAGCCUCCCCGUGUUUCUGAUUGGCUUCCCGAGGCCUGGCCGGAGCUGGCCGGGACCAGUGGGUGAGACCGCCUACCUGUGUCAUGACACUGUCUAUUAUCAGCAGAUGGUUCCCAGCUUGGCUAUGGCUUUGCAAGCCGCCUUCUCGUCCGGCAGCCUAGGCCCCUGUUCGCCCGGGUCCCACUACUUGUGCCGCUUUCAGGACAGACUGGUGUGGAUCCACGUGGUGGAGAGAGGCUUCACUUACUGCUGCGUUAAUAUCAAGGGGUUAGAACUGGAGGAGACCUCUUGCCAUACUGCCGAAGUUCGUCGCGUCGACGACAUUUUUGAAACGGCUUUUGAAUACGAGGGCCACCCUCGGAGGCCUUCCCUCAACCGUCACUUUGGGAACAUCUUAACACCAUGCACGGUUCUGCCCACGAAACUCUAUUCGGAUGCCCGGAACGUCUUGUCUGGGAUCAUCGACUUGCCGGAGAACCGGUGGCAGAUGAAAGACGAUUUCAUCAAAGUCCUCUUAUGGGUGCUAGUCCACCAUUGCUAUGCGAAGCGAAAAAGGCCAAAGCCGCCCGGCGAAGCCCAGGAGCGAGAGUCUCCCCCGUUGACGCCGCCCGAAAUUUCGAGCAAGACCAGAGACAGGACGAAUAUCCGGUUGUCCGGGUCCGACAGUCUCAGUAUGGAGUCAAUAGACGACUGGACCGAUCGCAGCCACCUUUUUGAUCUUGAGUCCAGCAGGAGAACCUCAGAAGCGCAAGGAAGUUUGCCGAGACUCUUCUCAUCUCUGCCGGGAUCAGUAGAAAUAGGAGAUGAACUAGAAGGAGAUAGAUUUUAUACAUCGGUGCUUCCUGCCUUACCGACUUUAGGCACUGGAAAGCGGCAAGUAGCAAGGCCACCCCCCGUUCCAUUUAAUAGCCGCUGUUCUGAGCUCUUGGCCGUUCCUAGACAGUGGAGAACGGCACCUUGCCCAGACGCCGAGUUGAAGGAAAUGGGGCAAAGGUUCCCGGAAGACUGGUUCCACUUUGUCCUUCGCCGGCUGAAUUUCUCUCACUCGAAAGACGAUCCUUUUGGUUCGCUGGGAGAUCUUACGGAAGACCCUGCUUUGCAGCAAGCGUACCUCCAGGUGGUCUUAUCCUGUUGGGUCGGCAUGUUUGGAGCAGAUCACAGCCUCCCGUCUCCUGGGCAGAUAUUCCGAACGUACAACGGAGACAUCCCCUGGUCGACCUGUAUGCGUUGGCUGGUGGGAAAGGAGGAGCUGUUUCAGCUGGCGUUGAAAGCUUUCAGAUACACGGUGAAGCUGAUGGUGGAUAAAGCCAGCCUGGGUGCAUUUGAGAACUUCAAGGAGCUGCUGAGCUGUCUGGAAGGCUAUGAAAAUGACUGGUUUAUCGGGGUGGCGUCCGAAAAGGAGUGGCAGCAGGCCGUUCUCCAAGAAAAGCCGUUUCUGUUCUCCUUGGGGUUCGAUGCCGAGAAGGGCGUUUGCACCAGCCGCAUGCUCACCCUUCAGGAAUUCUCGUUGCCGGUGGGGAAGCUCCGUGGGGAAGCCGUCCGAGGCCAGUGGGCCAACCUGUCUUGGGAGAUGCUCUACGCCACCAACGACGACGAGGAACGCUUCAGCAUGCAAGCGCAUCUCUUACUGCUGAGGAACCUGACCAUACAAGCAGCGGAUCCUCCGCACGGCUCCCCCGUUUAUUCCUCUGUACCUCUCCAUGUGCCUUUGCUGUAGGACUCUGGGUUUCUGCAGAACCAAAUGCAAAAAAACCCAAAACCCUGCACCUGUGUGCUAAAAAAACCCCUGGUCUCUCUGAAAGAGCGAGGAAUCCUUCUUCACAAAGAGGAGAUACCCCCUGGAUCAAUACUUUGCUUUUAGGAAAGGGUAGGGAGACAUCUCAUGUUUGGUACCAGAAGUUUUUGUCCGAACCUGUACCUAUCACAAGCGGUGAUUUGGUGGACCAUACACAAUAAGCUCUUUAUGUACUUUGCCUGAACUUAAUUUGUGUGAAGUCAGUAUCCUCAACUGCACUGAAAGGCAAGGUGCAGUGUAUUACAGAUUUGUAAAGCCAUAAGGAUUAAUACCAAAA